AUGGAUCCAGAGGGAAAGGCAGAGGCGCUGAGAGAACACCGCCUGCAGCCUCGGAUGACAGGAACCUUGUUCAGGAUGGCGAUACUUCUGGUCGCAGGUCUUCAGCUCGGCUGUACGAUGGCAACCCAACCCGCGGUCCAGAAGCAGAACCUCGGCGAACCAUCCGGAGUCGGUCCCCGCCUCGGGGCCCACCUCCGCCUCCGGGUGCCCUCUUACGACCACCCGCCGGCUCGCGACGAAGGGCCUCUGGUGAUCCCCAGACCGACAGCUCUCCAUCAUUGCCCAGCUCCCAGUUCGUGGUUUCUGAGGAAGGCUCUGAAGAGGCAAGUGAUUGUAGCUCGAGCUUCUCGCUCAUUCUGCAAGCCGGCCCGCUGGACGAAGCUAAAGCCUUCCUGCAAGGGCUCUAUGCCAAUCAGCUCGGUGAGCUUCAGCCGAGCCUCACCGCCCGCUCACGAGCUGGCAAGCUGGCAUGGUAUCAGCGAGAUGUGGCAGCAGCCGAUUGGUACACCCUGUGCGCCAAAGCCGACCAAUACCUACAAAGCAGCUGGCUGGUGCAAUGGCAGAACUGGAAAGUGGCUCACGCCCGUGGGCGACGACAUGCAGGCGAGCCCAGAGCGUGAGAUGGCUGCCUUUUUCUGGUGGAAGCAAACAAGCGUCCCCUGGCGACCAUAUCUUCAGCGAGCCUCCCAGUUCCAGCUCUACGCCUCCCGGGGCGUGGAUGCGGCACCGCCCGCGCGCAGCUGCUGGCUCUGCCAGCCACAGCCAAGCAGGAAGCAUCUACAAGACCUCUCCGUGAAGGAGCUCCACCCGGGGAGGCUGCUACAGCUACAGGCUGCCAGAGCCACCGAAGCGGCCAGAACCCAGGCUCGUGCCAUGCUCUGUGACGUCCAGCAACAGCUGGAGGAGCACUUCCCCCCGGCGGCUGCCAAAGACAGCCGAAUCAGUGCAGAUCCCAGGCCCGCGCACACUAGGCGGCUUGCUGCAGCAGUGGAGGAGCAGAUCUCUGCUGCUGAACGUGCAGUCGGUGCGCUUUCCGUCUUCUCACGGAGGACGGCUGAUGCUGAGCUGCCUCCCCCCUUGGAGCAUGGCCUAGAUCUCGGGAUACCCCUGCUUCAGCACAAGCUGUCUAAAGUUGGGAUCCGUAAGGCCGUGCCACCACACAUUGCUCCAGCAGCAAUGUGGAGACUCUGCUCGGGCCCGGUGGGAGCCCUACUGGGCCCUGCCCUCAAUAAGCACUACUCCCAAGGUCAGGUUGCGAGUGCUGAGGGAGACUGGAAAAACACCAAUGUGAUUUGGUUGCCAAAGCCACAUAAGAAACCGAUCACAGUGGCCUCCAUGAGGCCCAUUGGCCUUCAGAGCCCGGCGACGAAGUCCUUUGCCAGUGCCUUAAAAGUUGCAGUGAUGGAACAUCUCCAGCCUGUUGUCCGAGAGCUGCCGCAGUAUGCUUAUCUUCCCCACAGGGGCACCACAGAUGCAUUACUCAAAGUCCAUCAACACUUUGAGCAAACUGCGGCCCUUAUCGCUGCCAACAGAAUCGAUAGGUUCCAACAGAAAGCAGGGAAGCAGAGAUCAGCCUGUGUGGGGGGAGUCUCCUUAUCCUUGGACCUCUCCAGUGCAUUCGACGGGGUGCACCGACCCACUGCCUACCACACCAUGCUGCAACAUGGUGUUGAUAGAACCACCGUGAACAUCAUUCAAAGCCUGCACCAGCAGGCUCAGUACCAUUUCACAGUAGGCAGCUGCACUGACUUCGUAUGCACGACUAACGGCAUAAAGCAAGGCUGCACCAUAGCCCCGAGCAUCUGGGCAUUCUUCACUGUGGCUGUAAUGCUGAAAUUGGUUGAGGCCAGAAGCAUGGAGUGGCUGCAACAAGUCUGCACGCUCUUUGCAGACGACUGCUGGGGCAGCUGGCUCAUUCGCACAACCUCCGAUGUCACUCGUGCAAUCGCUGACAUUGCACAUAUCAUAGCUGUGCUUGAGGACUUCCACCUCAGUGUCAACUACCAGAAAACCGCGAUUCUGCUACGCCUCGAAGGCAAGCAGGCAGCAAAAACCCUGGCUGAUUGCACGGUAGAAAAAGAAGGCAACACCUACCUGGAGGUGGACAUCAGAGGUGUCAUCAGGCUCAUACCGAUCAAAUCCCAGCAUGAGUACUUGGGAACCACUGUCUCGUAUCACCGCAGACAAGAUGCCAACACCACCAAACGCAUGCAGGCUGGCCAGCUCCGCUACCAAGACAUCCGCAGGAUCCUGAAUGGCCGCCAUGAUGGGCUCCCGCAGUGCUCGCUGUGCCUCAGGCGAUUCUACAGGUACCCUGCCAAGGAGACGGCUCCGGCGGAGCCGCAGCAGUCGACAGCCGACACAGUCAGCAGUGUGCUGUGCUCUUUCAGCUUUGCAUCGCAGUCACCUUUUGCAGGGAUGACCGACACAGAUGCCCAGCUGACGGAGGACAUCUUCCACGCCUGCUUCCCCAGCGGCCAGACCCCGCUGCUGCAAUCACCUGUGGACCCGACUCAGUCCUUUCCGAACAAGAGGCCACGACCGGAGUUUCGAUCACGAGCACGACCGGGGGACCGAAGGGGACAUCCCAUGUAUCACUCCAGUCCCUUCCAAGCACCUCUGCCCUCCAGCACGGGGGUCUCAGGCGAUACCUUCACUCAGGUGUGUCGUCUCUUGCUUCGCCACGAGGAGCAGCUCGCGCUGAUCAGGCAGGACCGAGGCCUGAUAGUGUUCGUGAAGCAGGAUCAGCACAGCAUCCUCCCAGCCCUCUACAAAGCCUCAGCUGCAUGGAACGAGAAAAAGGAGAAAGCAGCCAACCUGGAGGCAGGCCUCUCCUUGAAGACCGUGCUGCUCUCUUGUGUCAUUCGAGAACUCCUGUCGAGACUUCAGACUGUCACGUCGACAGAGGAUGGCAAGGCGAAGCUCCUUGCAGCAGGCUGGAUCAACAGCGAGGGUCACUGGGUUUAUCAGCGAUGGUGUGCGAAAACCAAACGUCUCAUUCGAGACGAGGAUCGCACCCCCUUGACUCACGACAAUGCGGUGAGAUUGCUCACCACGUUGAGGGACUCGCUCAACGGCGACAUAAUCCACAAGUUUGCGGCAACCCAACCUCUUUACAAGUUGGAGGAAGCCGGGCACCAGAAUGCAACCUUCUUCUUGGAAGUGUCCCUCCGGGGCAAGGAGUCCGACCUCGUGCAUGCCCUGCUUCUUCAGUUGGUCAACAGCUCGUUGACCCACUUGAUAGGGAUAUCAGUGAAACGAGAAAACGGCCAACGCUGCAAGUUGGCCCAACAAAUCGCGGAGCUUGCAUUCCGAGGGCUGGCAUUGACACAGAACAACCUGGAUUGGGCGGCCACUCGCUUACAGAAUCCGGAGAAUACCAUCUUGCAGCUUCAAGCGGACCUUCGACGUCAGCAAAAGAUUAUGCUGGAUAUGCUGAUGCGACUGCAGAUCUUGGAACAGAAGCUUCUACAUCACGGUCGCAACAGCAAAUGUCCUGAAAACACACAUGAGGAUGGAAGACUUCAAACUCCAACCCAUCUUGAAGAGAUGGACGAGUGA